CGAAGCGUGUCAUGUCACGAGGCACCCGUAAUGGUUCUGUAUCUGCGCAUUGUGCCCAGCCUUUGCCUUCAGUCAUCGUUAAAACGAAACCGUGAACCCUUUUCAUUCUUGUGCACAAGUUCCAAGGCGAUUACAGAUUUUAUAGCGUGAUCUAAAGCUGGAGAUAUCGAAGAAGAAAGCGAAAGUACAAAAACGGCCCUUCGCUUUCCUAUCUCCCACACCCGCCAAUCAUGGCACCUCCUUUUUCCGACUGAUGGCGGAUACCAUACCUGAUAUCUGAACAGCUACACAGUUCCAAGAUUAUCAAGGACGUUCAAUAUGGAAAGGAAGUGCACUCCACCCGAUGGAACUAGUCGAAACACCCAUCUUCUAAUAAAAACCCGAUCCAAGGCGACUUCAGAACUACCAAAGCCAAACAGGAAGCUUCAGGCUAAAGUGAAGCCGAGAGCCAGCUUGAAUUUACUUCUGCCACGUGACUUCAAAACCCAGGUUGAGCUUCCGGCGACGGACAAAUCAACAAAGGGAAGUCUGCACGUUCCAGACAACGUUAGCGGUAUAGGUGCCCAACCCAAAUGGAACGCUCCCACAGCGCCACUCUCGCAACUGAUGGAGGCCUUAUCGUCAUCAAGUUCUGGGCACGAGACGCAGAAACCUAGUACGGCGAAGUCAUCGCAGUUUCAAGUGUCAAACUCGUGUAAGCGUAUCAAGCCCAAGAAAAGUCCAACUGCACAUACGAAUGCGUCGGAAGAUGAGUCAGUGCGAAACGCACGUUGUGCCCAAACAAAGAGUUCCACACAACCAGAUGCAAGUACGGUACAGGCGUCAACCGUCAUGGUUGUAGAACCGUUUGAUCCGCAAGAAAACGAGACAUCUGAAGCAGUUCACAUCGAAGGCAAGCAAGCAGGAACGUCCUUGCAAAAGCAUUCUUUAAGAACAACUCCCACUGCAGCUCUUCUGGUACCUAAUGCUCCAAAAGAGGAAGAAGCAACUAAGUCAGCACCAACAGAACAGUCAACAGUUAGAGCUUCUAAUAUUAGCAAUCAGAAAAGAAAUACAGCACAGGAUGUACCGGCAUCCGAGGAGGAUGACUCAGCAACACCCAACUCUGGCUGCGGACAGAACACAAGCAGAAGGCCACCAUCACCACACCGAAGUUUUGAGGACGAGAGACCUGCAGAUUCUCUUCCACUGCCUGGAUCCGCGGCGUCCACUCCCGCAAACCCACGGCAGACAAGUACAUCGGCAGAGAAAGUAGAUAUGAAGAGCUUGAUAAAAGGAACAGCGCUUGCCGUGGUGCAGCGGGCAAAGGCGUUGGCUCAACAAGCACUGAUCCUGCCCAACCUCUCUAAAGAAGAAAAAUCCAGGACCAGGAAACUUUCUACUGAUAUCGACGAACUUUUUCUUCAACUGAAAUCAGCUAAACGCGAAGAUCCAGAGGACAGACAGAGGGCUCUGGACGUAUAUAUCGAGCUCUUGCAAGAAAUGAUACGUCACGUUGAGAAGGCUCAAGAGUCAGAAGCCAUAUUCGUGGAACAAACAACAGUCGCCGGCGAAGCUCGGGACAAGAAGGCCUGGUUGGACAAGAAUGUGAACACAGAAGAAAAGAAAACAUCUUCAAACGUUAGCGGGAACGUACGAGCAGUGAACGAAAAUAUCUUCACAUUGUUGGGUGCACCUUCAGCUUCUGGAGUGGACGAGGUGGAAACCACACCGUGGGCCACGGCUCUCACGUGGAGCGUAUCCCCGUCACCGCAGCCGACCGUUUCGCCGUCCGGAAAGAACUCUGGGGGGCACGCCAAGCAUCGGAGAUCUCGGGCACGUUCCGUACCGAGACGGCAAGAUGGACAUGACUUGGAUGAACUCAUAGCGGAGCUACUCAAUAUGGGUCUUCGAGAAAGGGCUAACGAAGAGGCUUUUGCUGCGGACACAGAUGAGCUAACUCCAUUGCACAUACGGACUGUUUGGUCCAAUCUCUGCAGGCGUUUCGUGGGUUUUCUAGUCAUCUGUGGAUUCGGACUCGCUAUUGUGCUCACAGGAGUGUUGUUUGGAUAUCGUGAAGUUCCCAAAUCCGAAAAACGCAACUUUAGUUCUACUACAAAAAAUGGUGGUGCAUUAGUACAGCAGCCCUCAGGCGAUAACAAGCAUUCAGCUGUGAAGACUGCACCAGAUCCUAGAAGCCGAAGCGUGAAAGACAACAAGACAGACCUGCUGCCUGAAACAUUAUUUGGCGAUAAGAAUGAGACGCCAGAUACGACGCCGGAAGAAGUACUGCCCUUAUGAACACAGGACUCCUCCUGGAUGUGCGACGCAAAUAGAUGUGGAUAUGCCUGCAAUGCAUGCUUGCUUCUGCGCAUCCUAGGUAGACGACACUUUGAAAGGACCAUAUGUCAAGCGAGUGCACAAGUUACUGAACGAUAAUUUUUUUUCUUUGCCAUGGUCUUCUCCUGCUUCCUUGCGCGUAUAGCUUUGUUUCCGUUUCGCCGACCUUGUUCAUCAUAAUAAUAAACGUCCUAUAACAUAAUAAUAAAUGUUCUAACAUAACAAAUGUUCCCACGAUUGUGU